CGCGCUGCUCCCAAUCACGGGCGGCGGAGGAGGUGGAGGAGGAGGGCUGCUUGAGGAAGUACAGCAUGAAGUUGUGGAGCUGAGAUUCCCCUCCACCGGGACCCUAGAGCCGGAGAGCCCCGCGGGCAGCCGCGCGCCCCUGCCCAGGCCGCCUUUCCGGGCCGCGCGCCCGGCCCUUGUCCCCGCCGCGCCCCGCACGCGCAGCCCGGUGCAGCCCGAGCCAUGGGGCCGGAGCCGCAGUGAGCACCAUGGAGCUGGCGGCCUGGUGCCGCUGGGGGCUUCUCCUCGCCCUCUUGCCCCUCGGAGCCGCGGGCACCCAAGCAGUGUGCACGGGCACAGACAUGAAGCUGCGGCUCCCGGCCAGUCCAGAGACCCAUCUGGACAUGCUCCGCCACCUCUACCAGGGCUGUCAGGUGGUUCAGGGUAACUUGGAACUGACCUACCUGCCUGCUAAUGCCAGCCUCUCCUUCCUGCAGGACAUCCAGGAGGUGCAGGGCUACAUGCUCAUCGCUCACAACCAAGUGAGGCGAGUCCCCCUGCAGAGGCUGCGGAUUGUACGAGGCACCCAGCUCUUCGAGGACAGCUAUGCCUUGGCUGUGCUAGACAAUGGAGAUCCUCGGGACAGUGCCACCCCUGCCCUGGGGGCUGCCCCGGCAGGGCUGCGGGAGCUGCAGCUUCGAAGCCUCACAGAGAUCCUGAAGGGAGGCGUCUUGAUCCAGCGGAACCCCCAGCUCUGCUACCAGGACACGGUUUUGUGGAAGGACAUCUUCCACAAGAACAACCAGCUGGCUCUUACUGUGAUAGACACCAACCGCUCACGGGCCUGCCCACCGUGUUCUCCAGCCUGUAGAGCCAACCACUGCUGGGGAGAAGGUUCCCAGGACUGUCAGAGCCUGACGCGCACCAUUUGUGCCAGUGGCUGUGCCCGCUGCAAGGGCACGCUGCCCACUGACUGCUGCCACGAGCAGUGUGCCGCUGGCUGCACGGGCCCCAAGCAUUCCGACUGUCUGGCUUGCCUCCACUUCAACCAUAGUGGCAUCUGUGAGCUGCACUGCCCAGCCCUGGUCACUUACAACACGGACACCUUCGAGUCCAUGCCCAACCCUGAGGGCCGUUAUACCUUCGGCGCCAGCUGUGUGACCACCUGCCCCUACAACUACCUCUCUACGGAUGUGGGAUCCUGCACCCUGGUCUGCCCUCUGCAUAACCAAGAGGUGACAGCGGAGGACGGAACUCAGCGGUGUGAGAAAUGCAGCAAGCCCUGUGCCCGAGUGUGCUAUGGUCUGGGCGUGGAGCACCUGCGGGCGGCGAGGGCAGUGACCAGCGCCAAUAUCCAGGAGUUUGUUGGCUGCAAGAAGAUCUUUGGGAGCCUGGCGUUUUUGCCAGAGAGCUUUGAUGGGGAUCCUGCCUCUAACACAGCCCCUCUACAGCCUGAGCAACUCAAAGUGUUUGAGACCCUGGAGGAGAUCACAGGUUACCUGUACAUCUCAGCGUGGCCAGACAGCCUGCCUGAUCUCAGUGUCUUCCAGAACCUGCGAGUCAUCCGGGGUCGAGUUCUGCAUGAUGGCGCCUACUCAUUGACCCUGCAAGGGCUGAACAUCAGCUGGCUGGGACUGCGUUCGCUGAGGGAGCUGGGCAGCGGGCUGGCCCUCAUUCACCGCAACAGCCGCCUCUGCUUCGUGCACACGGUGCCCUGGGACCAGCUCUUCCGGAACCCCCACCAGGCCCUGCUCCACAGUGGCAACCGGCUGGAGGAUGAGUGUGCGGGUGAGGGACUGGCCUGCUACCCGCUGUGUGCCAAUGGACACUGCUGGGGGCCAGGGCCCACCCAGUGUGUCAACUGCAGCCAGUUCCUUCGGGGCCAAGAGUGCGUGGAGGAAUGCCGAGCGCUGCAGGGGCUCCCCAGGGAGUAUGUGAGUGACAGGCACUGUCUGCCAUGCCACCCCGAGUGUCAGCCCCAGAACGGCUCCGUGACCUGCUUUGGAUCGAAGGCUGACCAGUGUGUGGCCUGUGCACACUACAAGGACCCUCCCUCCUGUGUGGCUCGCUGCCCCAGUGGUGUUAAAGCCGAUGUCUCCUACAUGCCCAUCUGGAAGUUCCCGGAUGAGGAGGGCAUGUGCCAGCCCUGCCCGAUCAACUGCACCCACUCCUGCGUGGACCUGGAUGACAAGGGCUGCCCAGCCGAGCAGAGAGCCAGCCCUGUGACAUCCAUCAUUGCUGCUGUGGUGGGCAUUCUGCUGUUUGUGGUCAUGGGGCUGGUCUUUGGGAUCCUAAUCAAGCGAAGGCGACAGAAGAUUCGGAAGUACACAAUGCGGAGGCUGCUGCAGGAAACCGAGCUGGUAGAGCCACUGACGCCCAGCGGCGCGAUGCCCAACCAGGCUCAGAUGCGAAUCCUGAAGGAGACAGAGCUAAGGAAGGUGAAAGUUCUUGGAUCCGGAGCUUUUGGCACAGUCUACAAGGGCAUCUGGAUUCCUGAUGGGGAGAAUGUGAAAAUCCCUGUGGCCAUCAAAGUGUUGAGGGAAAACACGUCCCCCAAAGCCAACAAGGAAAUCUUGGAUGAAGCAUAUGUGAUGGCUGGUGUGGGCUCCCCAUAUGUGUCCCGACUCCUGGGCAUCUGCCUGACAUCCACGGUGCAACUGGUGACACAGCUUAUGCCCUAUGGCUGCCUCCUGGACCACGUCCGAGAACACCGUGGCCGCCUGGGCUCCCAGGACCUGCUGAAUUGGUGUGUGCAGAUUGCUAAGGGGAUGAGCUACCUGGAGGAUGUGCGGCUCGUGCACAGGGACCUAGCUGCCCGGAAUGUGCUGGUCAAGAGUCCCAACCAUGUGAAGAUUACAGACUUCGGGCUGGCUCGGCUGCUGGACAUUGAUGAGACAGAGUACCAUGCAGAUGGCGGCAAGGUGCCCAUCAAGUGGAUGGCGUUGGAGUCCAUUCUUCGUCGGCGGUUCACCCAUCAGAGUGAUGUGUGGAGCUAUGGUGUUACUGUGUGGGAGCUGAUGACUUUUGGGGCCAAACCCUACGAUGGGAUCCCAGCCCGGGAGAUCCCUGACCUGCUGGAGAAGGGGGAGCGGCUGCCCCAGCCUCCCAUCUGUACCAUCGAUGUCUACAUGAUCAUGGUCAAAUGUUGGAUGAUAGACUCCGAAUGUCGGCCAAGAUUCCGGGAGUUGGUGGCUGAAUUCUCCCGCAUGGCCAGGGAUCCCCAGCGCUUUGUAGUCAUCCAGAAUGAGGACUUGGGUCCAGCCAGCCCCUUGGACAGCACCUUCUACCGUUCACUGCUGGAGGAUGACGACAUGGGGGAUUUGGUGGAUGCUGAGGAGUAUCUGGUACCCCAACAGGGCUUCUUCUGCCCAGACCCUGCCCCAGGUGCUGGGGGCACAGCCCACCGCAGGCACCGCAGCUCAUCCACCAGGAGUGGUGGUGGUGAGCUGACACUGGGGCUGGAGCCCUCUGAAGAAGAGCCCCCAAGGUCUCCUCUGGCCCCCUCAGAAGGGGCUGGCUCUGAUGUGUUUGAUGGUGACCUGGGAAUAGGGGCAGCCAAGGGGCUGCAGAGCCUCCCCACACAUGACCCCAACCCUCUACAGCGGUACAGUGAGGACCCCACAGUGCCCCUGCCCCCUGAGACUGAUGGCUACGUUGCCCCCUUGACCUGCAGCCCCCAGCCCGAAUAUGUGAACCAGUCAGAGGUCCGGCCACAGCCACCUUCACCCUUGGAGGGUCCUCUGCCUACUGUCCGCCCUGCUGGUGCCACUCUGGAAAGACCCAAGACUCUCUCCCCUGGGAAGAAUGGGGUUGUCAAAGACGUUUUUGCCUUUGGGGGUACUGUGGAGAACCCUGAGUACCUGGCACCCAGGGGAGGUGCUGCCCCUCAGCCCCACCCUCCUCCUGCCUUCAGCCCAGCCUUUGACAACCUCUAUUACUGGGACCAGGACCCAUCAGAGCGGGGCUCUCCACCCAACACCUUUGAAGGGACCCCAACAGCAGAGAACCCCGAGUACCUGGGCCUGGAUGUGCCAGUGUGAGCCAGAGGCCAAGUCUGCUGAGGCCCUGCUGUGCUCUCAGGGAGUGGGAAGGCCUGACUUGUGGCCACGUCAUCGUGAAACCCUCUGACCAUGUCUAGGGGAAACUGCCAUGCCAGGAAUGUGUCCUAAGGAAUCUUCCUUCCUGCUUGAAUUCCCAGGCAGCUGAGAGGGACUCGGCCUGGUUGGACAUGGAGGCAGCACUGGCGUGUCUGGGUGGAUUUUGGAGCCCUGCCCCACUAGACUUUAGGGUCAAAUGGAUGCCAAGGCCACAGUCUCCUCACCUGAGGCUAUGACCCAGCCUGGCCCUCUUCCAGAUCCUUCCUACUGAAGAAUCAAGAGCAAGAGAGAAGCUGGGUCUAGGAGGAAAGAGGCCCCAAGGGAGUUUCUGAGAACAAGACACUGGGAGCCUGUCCCUGAGACCAAGUGCCGCGCUCCAGAAGUAAGGGAGCUGUACUAGCAUCCAGACCAAUCCUUGUACAGAGUGCUUUUUUGUUUUGUUUUUACUUGUUUUUUUCUUGCCUCAGUACCAAGAAUCCAAUGCAGAGCCUAGCACAUGCUAGGCAAGCCCUCUACCACUGAACUACACCCCAGCCCUUGUUUUUACUUGUUUUUUAAAGAAGAAUUAAGGACCCAGA